UUUACUGCAUAUUGCGACACACAGUAGAUGAGCUACAUAUCAAUAACCAAGGAAGAUUCAUAUAGAAAACAGGGAUUUCGGGAUGAGCAGUAAAUCGGUCAGGUCACAUAAAAGCCGCUACUCAUACUCAAAGUCCCAGACUCUCGACCUCGAAAGUAGCCCAAAUUCGUCUGGACAUGGGAACCCACCACCCCCACACUCCUUGGCCAUGUCCAAAUCCCAGUCACAAGCAAAGGUUGGAGAUAGUCGAGUGGAACCCGUGCCCUCGUCCUCCUGCUGCACCGAGUUCCUUGAUGACACCAACAGGAACGUGUUGCAAUUCGCCACAAGCUCUUCCAUGCUGGACUUUCUUUUCGAAACCAACAAUUUGUGCAACAAGUCUGAGGAUAGGUUGAGACGGGAGCGGGAGGAGGGUGGGUGGAGCUACAUUGCAGAUAAGGCAGUGCACGCUGUGGGAAGUGCCAUUGACUUCCUCUGCGGAGAAUCUGACCCCGAACGAAAUUGUGACGAAGAGAGCUUGCCUGAAAGUCAAGAACUUUGUGGUAGGAACAAAACUAAAUGCUUUACAUAUAUUUCCAGGAUUUAAGUGAUGGGAUGCAAAUAACUGAGUAAUAAAUAAGGCACUUGAAGGUAUAUUAAAUAUUUUAAAGAUAGUUCCGUGGAAGAAGAGUCAGAUCUUUUAUGCGAUCCUUCGGAUGAGGAUAGUGACGCUAAAAGCAUCAACCACGCAGGUCCACGAGUAGAUAAUAAUCGGACGAGUGCAUCAAAUUUCUCAACAAUCAGAAUGGUUCAUGAAAAUGGCGAACUAGUGACAGACUCUCAGACUGACUUACUGCGGAGCAUUGACCAUCCUCUGACCCAUGAAGAAUGCUUGGCACGCUUAGACAAAAUUUCAGAAUUGUGCAAAAUGCUACCAACUAAUCCAUUCCUUGAUGAAUGUUACAAAAUUAUGCAGAACGAUGCUCAUGCCCAAACGUACGAUUCUCAAGAUGAUGAAACUAACCUUGUCGACCAAGUACAGUUGACAGAAUCAACCAGUGGAAGGACAACAAAUGGGAUAACGAUCAACCAAGAAAAUCAGUCCUUUGAAAUUGAUCCAUUGGAAAAGUUUGAUUCUACAAAGCCGUCAUCCCGCUCACUUAGUUCAGAACGAGGCAGAUCGGUUCCUCCCUCAAGUUCGUCUGCCACCACACCAAGUCCUAGCGACGUCAAGGUCAACGGGGACACGCCUUCUUAUACAUUGAUGCAAGGCUUGCUCAAGCCAUACAGUCAGACGUCAGUCGCCCUACCAAUCCCUCUAACAGGAGAUUUAGAAACCGGAAUUUUGACGGAGCUGGUACAAUCAGAUCAAUCAGAUUUUCCAAGUCAAACUCAAUUAUUACGAGACACACUGAGUACAGUUGAACAAGAUAAGAGUGACAUUAUUUCAACUAAACCGCAGAUUGACAACUCCACCCAUAAAGAUAAAGCUGAUGAAGUUACCGUCAAGGACGACACUUUUCCUUCUAAACCUGGGCCCACAAGGAGAACAAAGACCAGUUUGCCAAAAAAUCUGACGAAUGAAACUUUGUCUAAUAACACAACGCCAGUUCAUGUGUCCACAGCUGAAAGAUCCAAACCGAACAAGGCGACACUGGAUUAUGAUGACACUGGUCAACAGCACAUACCACAGUACCGGUCAAGUAUAACAAUACAAAUUGACUCGAUGGAUACCAUUCCAAGAAGCGUAACAAAUUUUGCACAAGAUGCGGCAUUAGAUAAAAGUGGCGCAGAUGAACCAACCAAAGUAAUAAAUCCAUCGCAUGAAUUGAACCAGGCAACUGCAUCGGUGACACCUUAUGAGAUCCAAACAAAUACUGGCAAUCCAAUGGUUGGAAAGAUUGAUAAUGACAAAUCAGCCUCAACCACGUCGGGUAAUUCUUCGCCAUCUUUGGACAUUACUAUUAAAUCUUCGAAAUCCAGGAAGCCAAUCCCUAAAUCAUUAUCCCCACCACCACUUUCGACAGGUACAGCCCCCGAGACGGUGGUCUCGAGUAGUAGUCCGCCAGACAGCAUCGAAGACCGACCGAGUCAGCAGCAGCUGGACAACGCUUUGAAACCCAACCACCCCCAAGAGGACGAUAAUAAAGGGGGAGGAUCCAAAAGAAACCAUCAUAAUCCUGCAGAUCUUCAGGAGAUUAUCAUAAAUUACAUGGAAGAAGAAAUGCCCUACAAAGUAUACUUGGCGAGCCAAAUCGCAGAAGCCAAAAAACCAGUGUCAGCAACAACAAAAUUAGGACAAGGUAGUAAAGACAAGCCUGAUCUGAAAUAUGUGCUUACGGAAGUUGAUCAUGAAAAAAAUGGAAAGAUUGACACUAUUCUGGAAAUUAAUGGUCGUAUUAUAAAUAACCCAAUGGAUAUAGUAAACCCCAAGAACUUUUUAUGGAAUGAUUUCAACAAAAUGCAGGCGAGCGCGUCCACUUUGAAGCACAGCUUAGAAGAACUAAACGCAAUCAUGAUAGAUAGUGCAGGAAGUAAUGAUUCUUUAUUGCUAGACGAAUUCCAGAAUUCGUCACCAGAAGACGAAGUAACCUCGAUCAAAAUAUUGGAAGAGCAAGUAAUUCCUGAAGUGGGAACCAGUGAGAGGAGAAAAGUAGUAAAGAAUUUGGAGUGCACGCUUCAUGAUGUUCAUGCUUCAGAAACUAAAUUGUCCAAAAAAGCUUUGGAAGUAAAUGGGAAAUUUGUAGACCCGAAAAAUGAACCAGCUUUGCUGAAUUAUUUUAAAAAGCUCAAAGAAACAGAAGCAAUAUUGGAAGAAAUUGCAAAUGACUUGAAGCGCAACGAACAAUUUUUGGAAGACCAGGGUCAAAAGUCAGAACGGUAGCCAACUGUUGGGAAGAGAAAAUUUGAUUUACAUACUAAAUUUGACCUAAAUUUUCUGUGAUUGAAAAAAAUAACAAAGAGAACAAAUAUCUCUGUAUUAAAAUCAUAUUUAUUAAACAAAAGAAACUUGACAUUUAGUUACGUCCCUUAUAGAGUGGGUCAAGUAAUCUUGAUAGCAAGGUCAUUUCGAGUGAACACUUGACUAAUGCACGUAUGAACAUUUCCACGAAGAUUUGCGAUGUAAAAAACUCUGUACAGUACUAAAAAGAGAACGUACAUAAAUUAUGUCACGC